AUGAGCGAUACUUCAAGCGAAUUAGAUUCAUUAGACAUUUCCGAGGAAGAUUCGGAAUAUAACUUUAUCCCUGGACACUUUUUUCCGGUUGAAUGCGAACCUGGCGUGUCCUCCGAAAGUGAUUUCGAAGCGGAUGAAAACAUUCGUGGUGUUGAGCCAUACUCAGCCGAACCUUUAGCCGAUGAAAACUGGCUUGAAGAGUACAACAAACGGCAAGAAGAAAAGAAACAAAAACUAGAGAAAUUAAAGGAUCGAUUAGUGGGUAAAGAAACAAUUAAGAAUUGGUGUAAAUGUGGCAAUUGCAACGUAAAGUUUUUACAAAACGCGUACGAAUGCUGUUGUUGUCGUGACAUGGAAGGUUGCGUCGAAGUGCUACAAGACAAGUGGGUCAUUGAAGAGCUUGAAAAACCUCCGCAAUGCAUAACACUCCAUCCCGCUUUCAAGAACACUUGCCUGGAGCGAUGGUCAUUAAGACUAUCUGCUGGAAAAUGCAGAAAAAUCGACAAAAGAGCAUAUCAUCAAACCGGAUCAGAAGAAGCGUUUAUGAGGAGUGUUGCAUAUAGAGAAUUUACUCACUUGGUGUAUGGUGUACUAGGUAAAAACAGAAUCCCCCUUCCUGCCUGCUCAUAUCACGCCAUCAGAGAAAAGUUUCAAGCAAAAGACAGUGUUGAACGCUUUAGAGGGUUUCAAGAGGACGAAAGCGAAGACCAGUUGUAA